UCAGUGACACAGAAAUGACAUUAGUUAAGACUUAAAAGACAGAACAGGGAUAGAGGUUGGUUGCAGUGCGGCUUGCAGACGAAACAAAGGCUAAGGGAGGUUAAACAAGAUGCCUUGAAUGAGAUUUGUCAGUGGAUGCGUCAGCUGAGCUAUAAACUGAUGUGGGCUGGGACUGUGAACUGAGCUGGAGUUCACGUCCUGUCUUAACUAACGCCGUGCUCGGUGAGAUGUUGGAGAAAACAAAUAAAGGAGUCAUCAUUUGUCGCCAUACUCACCUAUUCCCAAGCUCCGGUCUGGGGUCAGACUUGCAACUUUGUCGGUAACGCGAAUGGUAUUUCCAAGCUCCAAGUGCAAUGACUCACCCUGUGCGAUCAGCAACCCACGAGCAACCUCGUCUCCUUGAACCCGAGCGGGGGAAUCUCACACAUGCAUAAACACAUGCGGCUCUCAUGUCGUGUCCUCGUGUCUCGCAGGUUGCUGUAAAAAGUCUCAUCAGUUACUGCAGAAGUACGAAAAGACGGAGAACCACAUGCUGGUUUGCAAAGACUGCGCUCAGCCCCCGUUGGUGCGUAACAGCCGCUCGCAGGAACACUGCGCCCGGAAAUGUAAGAAGGUCAAGAAAAACCUAAACUGCAGGGCUUUCAACUUUCAAAGGCACAACAGGAAAUGCUACUUGCUCCCUUUUGACCGUUUCACCCACGGUGUGCAGAAGCAGGCCAACAUCAACUUUACUUUGUAUGAAAAAAAAGAUUAUAUAAGGGAGUGUAUCAUCGGCACCAAGGACAACUACAGAGGGAGGAGGUCUUGGACAAAGUCAAACAUCACUUGCCAAGCUUGGUCAGAUAAUAACAUCAAUGAGCAUACGUUUUAUCCAGAUAGGUACCCAAUGCAAGACCUGAGGGAGAACUUCUGUCGGAAUCCCAACAACGAUCCUGGUGGUCCGUGGUGCUACACAACCGACCCGAACGUACGAGCUGAGGAGUGUGGUAUACCUCAGUGUUCAGAGGAAGUCUGUAUGACGUGUAAUGGGGAAGAUUACCGUGGCAAAAUGGACCAUACGGAGAGCGGCAAGGAGUGCCAGAGAUGGGACUCAGCAAGGCCUCACAAACACCACUUCCAGCCCAAAAAGUAUCGGGACAAAGAUUUGAAGGACAACUACUGCCGCAACCCGGACAACCGUCUCCGUCCCUGGUGCUACACCAUGGACCCCAAAACCCCGUGGGAGUACUGUAACAUCACUGUGUGUGACUCAGACCCCAGUGAGGACACAGAUGUCAACGUGACGACGUCCUGCGUCCAGGGAACGGGCACCGAUUACCAAGGCACGAUGAACGUCACUCCAGAGGGUGUGACAUGUCAACGCUGGGAUUCUCAGUUCCCUCAUAACCAUUCCUUUAUUCCCCAGAACUUCAAAUGCAAUUUGUGUGUGUGCUACAGAGACCUCAGAGAGAAUUACUGCCGAAACCCCAAUGGCGCAGACUACCCAUGGUGCUUCACUACAGAUCCUAAUCAGAGGGUAGCCAACUGUACCCACAUCCCCAGAUGUGACGCAGAUGCCACACAAAAAAUAGAGUGUUAUGAAGACAAAGGAGAGAUGUACCGAGGCAGUUUAUCCAUAACUCGAUCGGGGAUUCCCUGUGCGGAUUGGUCACAUCACAUAAACAGUGGGGAUUCUCAUUCUACGGUGUCCUAUGUAGGGCUGGAGAAGAACUUCUGCCGGAACCCAGACCGGGACAAGCAUGGCCCCUGGUGUUACACCAAUCCAAACAACCGCUUAUCCUGGGACUACUGCAAACUGAAGCACUGUGAAUCAGCUACAAUGGCUCCUCAACUGAACACUCCGGCUAGGCCCAAGAUUUCGUGCUUCGUGCACAUAAACACCAGAAUAGUUGGAGGACAUCAAGUGCGAGGUACAGAUGGCAGCUGGGUUGUAAGCAUUCAAAGAGAGAAGGCUCACUUGUGUGGAGGCUCACUGAUCAGAGAAGACUGGGUUCUGACAGACCAACAGUGCUUCACCUCCUGUGUUCCAGAUCUCAGGGAUUACAGCGUUCAGGUCGGUCUGCGGCACCUCAACCAGUCUUCAAGUCACCCAAGGCUACGGAUCUCUCGUCUGAUCUGUGGCCCUGAAGGAUCCAACCUGGUUAUGUUGAAACUAGCAGAUCCUGCCCCUGUGUCUGAAGGUGCCUCUACUAUUCAUCUUCCGGUGAAAGAGUGUCACAUCACAGAGGGCACCAACUGCACCAUGUACGGAUGGGGGGAAACCAAAAAUACAGGGUCCGAUGAAGCACUGAACACAGUAACCAUGCCUAUGGUCAACAACGACAUGUGCGCCCAAAUCAAAGGGGAUGCUGGGGAAAGUAGGAUAUGUGCUGGAGGCAAGAGAGGGGAAGGGGUUUGUGAUAAAGACAACGGUGGUCCGUUGGUUUGCCAGGAGCAUGAGCGCAAGGUCAUAAUCGGUGUGAGCAUCCAAAGGACAAAAUGUGCCUCGUCACAGCCCGCGCUCUUUGUGAACGUGGCUUUCUACUCGGAGUGGAUAUACAAAGUGUUCAAACUUUACCCCAGUGUGGAAAGGAACUGAUGCUGUUGUGUGAAAAUGAACUCUCACGCAGGACUGCACCAUAGCCUGCAAGGAGGGCAGGCUCUCAAGUGUGGACCACGUGGGCGAAAUGUGGAAAAUCACAGUAUGGAAAUCAGCCAUUUUUUUGGGAUUCUUCUGGCAGAUCUCCUCCACUGAAAGAAGAGAUCUAGAUGGUUAGCCUUAAUACCGUUUCACAACCAAAGUCUUGGGCACAUGGACGGCAUAGUAAUUGUAUUUUUGACAUGUUCAGAAUUUCUGAAGCCAUGCAAACAAAGACAAUGACACUUUCUUUCCGGUAUUAUUUCCUGGAAUAUACUUGAACCCAAUUCCUUGGCGGUUACCAUUUAAGGUAGCCUUCUUUUGGAUGGGAUUUUCUUUCCUCUAUUUUUUAAAAGAAAAAAAUAUGUUGAGCUGGACUGCGAAUAAAUGGGUCUUUUUUUUUUUUUUUUUUUUUUGUUACCUCCAACACAAGUUUUGUGGACAGACAGAAAUGGUUCCUACAAGUGAAAGCAUGGACUAAUCCAGUAUCAAACUAAAUGUAACCAACAAAAAUACAGCGGCAAUACAAAAGAAGAAAGAUAGAAGCAGUAAAAAUCACUAUUAGACACUUAAUGGACCCCUAUGAGAAAAUAUGGAUUUUUCUGACCAAAAAUGGUUCAAAUGUGGCUGAAUCACCGCUUGAAAAGCUAACUUACUGCAGCCUUGGAAAACACGGCAGUGCUAAUUGUGUGCAGUAGCUGAACUACAUUUUCCCCAGCUAGCUGUAACUGUUAGUUUCCCCAUGAGAGGGUCCAAGUAGGACUGAGUAAACCACUCCAAAUCUUAUGCUAAUAUUUGUAGCAUGAGAGAGAAAGAAGAGCCAUGCCAAAUAUAACAUGGCUAUUUGGUCUCCAGUUUGGAGGGAACUGUGGCCCCUGGUGGGCUGUGUGUGGUCAGUAGGAUAUUUUAUACUUUUUUUGUUUUUAUGUAUGUACACACCUGCAGAUUUAUUACGUUUUCUGCUGUGCUGUAAGAUUUUAUAGGUCUUAUAGAUCUGGGAUAUUUUCGGUUCACUUGUCGGAUUGGCCUUUUUUUGUACUCCUGAUUGUGUUCAGUAUUUAAAAAAGAAAAAAAAAAAAAAAGUCUGUUAGCUCGUAGUUAUGUGUAUUUAUUUUAUUUCAUUUUAAACGGUGAAGCUUUUUUAUCUUAAGAAUUGUAAGCCCCAAAUAACAACUUGACACUUGACAUAGGUAACAGGUAUAGGUAAGUACUUGAUAGAUACCCUGCGCUUAUUUCAUAUCAAAUCUCCAUUGCUCUACUCAAUAAUUAAUUUGAAUCUGGUUUUAGGAGCCGGGUGUUUAAGAAAUUAAAGUAAAACUUGCAUCUGCUGCACAAGCGAAUACACAAACUAUCACUUUAAAUGACACAGAGGUUUACAGAUGUUAGAUAGAUAGAUAGAUAGAUAGAUAGAUAGAUAGAUAGAUAGAUAGAUAGAUAGAUAGAUAGAUAGAUAGAUAGAUAGAUAGAUAGAUAGAUAGAUAGAUAGAUAACUUUAUUCAUCCCCGAUGGGAAAUUAGGUUGUCAUAGCAGUCCGGUAUCUGAAUACAAUAAAAUACAAUAGAAAAUACAAGGAGAUCGACAUAUGAAAUUCUGUUUUCAGAUCUAGCGUUACUGCUAUCAACACUGCAAAAAAGGAAUUUCAAGAAAACAAAAAAGAGCUUGUAUCAAAGAAAAACAUCUUGUAUUUUGUUCAGAGACAAGAACUUUGUGCUUAUUUUAAGAAUUUUUGUUAAUACAAGAUGAUUUGGUUGAAUAUAAGUAUAUUUUGCUUCUUUAUAGUAAUGCUGUUUUUGCAGUGAAUAGCCCAGCAGCGGUACAAAUAUUAAUACAUUCAGCUUUAAGACUGUAUGUUCCUACCAGUGAAUGAGUCAUUUGUUCACAGUACUGUUCCAAAGUGAAAGUUUAUGAAGGAAGUAAGUGUCUUUAGGAUUAAUCGGCAACAAAAAGCUGAAACCAGUACCAAAUAUUUGCAGUCGCGUGGCGGAUCCUCUUUUUUGUUAUUGUACGUUUUUUUUCGUAAACCAUGCUCUUAACUGUUAUUUAAGUGACCUUUGUGUAAAUAGUCUCACACGUUCUGUAAAUUACACUUUGUAAUUUUUGUAAAUAUCACACUUAAGUAUUUUUUAUUUCUGUUAAUAUGUUUGUAUACUGUAAACUUUAAAUAUACCAGCUGCUAUUUUUCCCGUUAGUGACGUUUUUUCUAAUGAAUUCUGUAGCCUUCAUAUCAUUCCUACUUUAAUAAACAGCUUUGACGUUA